AUGAGUCUCCCUUCUCUCUCAGAAUCCAACUUUAGGAACUAUAGAUCAGCCUAUCUUUUCGAUCUUCUCCCCACUUCAGGGCAAGCUGCAAGAGGCCGAGAUGAUGUAUCAGCGAGCAAGGUGCGAGUGGACCCUUUCCAGAAGAUCUCUCACAAGAACGUGGUCAACUUGAGAGAGGUCUUCUUGGCGGAGGAUGCAGCCUUUUUUGUCUAUGACGAAUGGGAUGUCCCGUUGGAAGAUAUCUGGCGGCGCUCUGUCACCUUUCGGCUCGGAGAAGUGGGGAUUGCUUGCAUCUGCAAGGGUAUUCUCGAAGGUCUGAAAUACGUCCAUGAUGUUCUUGACCUCUAUCACGGUGCAUUGAAUCUCGACAAUAUCUUCAUUACGGACAACGGCGACGUGAAGCUAGCGCAUAUUGGCGACAGUAUGACCUUGGAACCUAAUCCGCAAGGAAAAACCGAGGAUAUUCAAGCACUUGGCCAUAUUGUGCACAUACUCUUGGGACCGGAACAUGAAGGCGGUAUGCGAGGUGUCUUAGGGUAUCUAGCCUAUGAUUUUACCAAGAUACCGCCAAAUACAACUGCGGAGGACCUUCUCCAGGUAUGA